GAGUGGCCGGGAGGGCUGUGAAAAAAUGUAGCGUUUGUGUCACCAAGAAGGAGAGCUCUCGGCAAAGCUGGUGCUGGUUUCUUCCUUGGGCGUGUGUGUACGUGUGUGUUCAUGAGAGUGUUCUUGUGAGAAACCAUAUACGAGAGAAGAGAGAGUUGACAGGAAGAAGAAGAGCGGCGCUGCGACGAGAGGCGGCGCCAACACUGCUGACGCCGUCGAGGUGGAGGAAUGGCCGACGGCUCCCGAUCUGAAGAACGAGUGUGGAGGCGGCGAGGUGGGCGGCGGAGAUGGGGCUGAGCAGCGCGUCGAUGGAGAAUCGACCGGGGGGAGGGGCGGGCCCCGGGAAACCCUGACCCGCUCGCUCUGGAGCGCGUGCGAAACGAGAAGACAUGGGUCACGGGAGGAAAGGUGACUCUGGAUUCUCGAAAGCACACGAUGGCAUUUGCAGAGUGCUUUCUGUCAAAGUUUGAGGCCAGUUCGAUCGGGCCUGAAAGAUCGGGAUGCUGGUGGAGUGGUGGGUGGGGUGGGGAAUACUGUGGAAGUGGACGGCCGCGCAUAAAGCUUGCCUUUCGAGCUUACUAGCACUACUGAUACACGAGUGAGGACCGAGGACCGAGGAGUCGGAGCGCAUGGUCAUCCUCUCUUCACAUCUGCGGGCGGCAGCCGCCGCGCCUGAUCUCCGUGCUCCAGCCUCCUCCGCGUCCGGCGAGGCCGGAUCCGGGUUCCACGUCAUGUGCUCUCUGCUCUGCCCCCUUUCGCCGUCUCCUUCCGCCGCCUCCGCCAGCUCAACCGGGGAUGGCGAUGUGGAUGAGCGGCAAUAACCUUGGCACCCGCGAUGUCUUGCCGCACGAGUGAGGUCGAGUAUCCUGAGCAUUACGGGCAACAACUACGUGUGGUUUUCAAUUUCAGUUGCAAAAGCUCAAGAGGACGAAUGGCAGAGGACAAGAGCAGUGGCACGGGGAACAAGGUUGACAACAUACAUGGUCAGCCACGUAAGCUACCGUACCAAUUUAUAAAAGAUAUUACGAAUGAUUUCGAUGAGGCUCAAAUAGUUGGCCGUGGUGCAUACGGAACAGUUUACAAGGGUACUCGUGAAAAUGGUGAGGAGAUUGCUGUGAAGGUACUUCAGAACAUGACUGGAUUUGAUAAUAAGGAGUUUGAGAACCUUAGGAGGCUCAAGCAUCAAAACGUUGUUGAACUAUUGGGUUUCUGCAACGAAUCAGAGAAAGUUGUUGCAGAAUAUAAUGGGAAGCAAGUUAUCGCUGAAAAGAUGCAUACAGCGCUCUGCUUCGAGUAUGUAUGUAAUGGUAGCCUUGCCGAGUAUAUUUCUGAUGAUCCUUGCUUGGGACUUAAUUGGCAGAUACUAUACAAAAUAAUUAAAGGGACCUGUCAGGGUUUAGAAUAUCUUCGGCAUGGAUUGGAGGUUCCAAUAUGGCAUUUGGACUUAAAACCUGCUAACAUAUUGCUAGAUAAAGAUAUGAUUCCAAAGCUUGCAGAUUUUGGCUUGUCAAGACUCUUAGGUGAUGAAAACACAAGAAAGACCAUCAGUCCCGUCGGUACAUGCAAUCCAGUUCUCGCGGUGACCGGAAGCAACCACUUCAGUGUAUGUGGACGGCUCAUGGAUGUUCUCAACCUGUUAUGCGCAACUGAAAGCAUAGUGAGCAAGAGCAAUGUCACACUCUUCAGUUAGGCGGGGCUACUUGCCACCAGAGUAUGUGCAGCAAGGACUGAUGACAAAAGAGUUUGAUAUAUUUGGUUUGGGUGUUAUAAUUGCAAAGUUAAUGGCUGGACGUGAAGGCUACUCCAAAAUUGAUGACAUGAAAGAGAA